CCUGCGGAACGCGGAAGUUGAGGGCGGAUGAGUUUGGAGGAGGAGCGAAUUCAUGCCUGGUUCUCUUUGGCCAGGACCAUCUUGUCGGAAACUGGAUGGGAGGCAGCAGCUGCUUCAGAGGGGAUGCAGGGUACACUGGGUACACUUUCGCAUCGCCCACGGCCGUUGGGUGGACAUUUGAUCAAGUUCGACUUCCCUUCCAUUCUCAUUGAGGGGGCAGCGACGUUGCCACCGGAGAACCUUUUGGUCCGUCCAGAGGUGCGUGGACUGUUGGAGCCCGAGUGGCCGCAACUCACAAGCGUGGGGGAUUUCAAGUUUCGUACGUUGAAGGUUUUCAGCCCGGGCGAUGCCAUGGUGCACCAGGAGGUUCGCUUGCCCAUCUUGCGUACUUGCGAAUUGCUUUUUGGCGAUUCCACGCCUGCCCGGCUGAUGAGCAACUUCUUCUACAAUCCGAGACGCAGCUGCAGUUGCGGUUGGUGGCAGGAUUCUGUCAGGGUUGUCUUCCGCAGUUUUGAUGAGGAAAGUGAGGUUGCAAUGAUGACAUAA